AUGGUGGGGUUGGAUGCCCACGUGACAUGCCUAUUCUCUGAAGACUGUGUGCUGCCCUGCAAUUUCAAACCCAGUGGGAAUGAGAUCAUCCGCUGGUACCUCCACAAAGUGCUCCUCCUCAGCCAAUCCCAGCAGGGUGGGGACCAGCCUCCCCAGGACCACCGUACCAGGACGUACCUGCUCCAGGACCAGCUCUCCCGGGGCAUCGCCUCGCUACACCUCAGCCAGUGUGGCAUCAAGGACCGAGGCCGCUACAGGUGUCUGGUCAACAGCACUCUGGGACAACAGGAGUCCUUUGUCAUCAUGAAAGUGGAGGCUCCCAUCAAGAUGGUUACUAUGGAGAAGAGUAUGAACAGAGAGAUUCAGUGCCUGUCCAAGGACAUCUUUCCCGCUCCCCGUGUGCAGUGGUCCACUCUGCCCCCGAAAGACAACCUGAGACCCAUCACCCAUAUGGGACCUAACGCUGAAGGCCUCUACUCCUUUCAGAGCACGAUGAGAAUGUUUGAAAAUACCCUCACCUACAUCUGCACCGUUAACUCCACAUAUGGAUCACAGUCAUGGAGGAGCUCACUGCAAGAAAGAGGGUUGAUUGGAGAGGCGGGGCAAGAGCUGUCCAUACCCUGCAUUGCUCCACAGAACCUCCAGAACUUCUCCCUCACCUGGACCUUCAGCAGAACCAAUGACCCCACAGUCAUCCUCAGCUACGACAGCAGAACCAGACGGACCUCCAACCUCUGGGAGGGCCGUGCUGGACUGGAGCAGGACCAGGUUCUGACGGGAGAUGGAUCCCUCCUUCUUCAUAACCCAGAGAGUCGGGAACAAACAGGAACAUACACCUGUACAUUCACAGGCUUCCAGAGCAGACACGUGGUCCAAACCCAGGUCAACAUUAGGUCAAGAUCCCAGUUACCAGUGACAGGUGCAUAA